UGGACGUCAAGUGCAUCGUUUGCAAUAAAACGUUGCAAAAAAUUAACCACGACCCACACAAAGUGUCUUUUAAAAUGGGAAAAAUAAUUAACCGUAGGUCUCGCACGCCUAAUUGGUCCUUGGAAGAAAAACAGUACCUGCUCGAUCUAAUCAAGGAUCAUAAAGAAGUUGUUGUCAAUAAAAAUAGUAAUGGGCCUAAUCAUUGCGAGGAGAAAGAUGCAGCGUGGAGCGAAAUAUUACGUGAAUUAGAAGCGAAAUUUGGCAACAAAUUUUCCACAUUUACAAUCAAGAAAGUUAAAACACAAUGGCAAAAUAUGAAAAGAAUAGCUCGCGAGGAAAUAACGCUAAAUGGCAGUGACGUAAAUAACUAUACACGGCAGUCUUUAGAAGUCUGCAAUAUUCUAGAAUUAGUUAAGGAUGGUGUAUUGAAAAAGGAGAGCGAAACAGAAAAUGAUAAUGAACGUAACAUAAGCACUAAUAUUGAAAUUAAGACGGAAUGUAUUGAUGAGUCUGAUAUGAGCCAACCUAGUUGCAGUGGAAUGAAUACAUUCAGCAUGGAUACAGACCAAAAUGUGAACGUAUUAGACUCGUCAUCAUCAUCUCUAUCAAUUAAUACUGAUGUAAUGGAAACAGUUAAACUUGACGAAGAUAUAACCGAACACAGCGUGAAGAAAGCAGCUCAUACUAUGACAGAAUCUCUAGUAAAUUUUGAUGAUCUGAAUAUGUUACCGAAGGAGUUUCGUGAAUACUUACGGUACUCGUCAUCGGAGAAGGAAUUGAAGAUAGAAUCAUUAAAAGAAGAGCGGUUGAUAGUAAAAGCUAUGAGAGAAACUGCAGAACUUAACAAAAUAAUUGCUGAACAAAAACUCAAACACCUACUGUGGAUGAAAAAGCAGGAAAUGGCGUAA